UAUUCCUCGCGCCGGAAGAGAAGGGGUAUUUUCCCAGCCAUCUUGUGGCAGCUUCCAGCGAAUUGUUCGCACCAAGCCUCGUAGAAUCGGAGGAGAAUCCCGCUGAAGGGGCGCCAUCAUGCCCGGACACCUGCAAGAAGGCUUUGGCUGCGUCGUAACCAACCGGUUCGACCAGCUAUUAGAUGAUGAGUCGGACCCGUUUGAGGUGCUGAAAGCGGCUGAAAACAAGAAGAAAGAGGGGGCCGCUGCUGGAACCAACAAGACUGCAGCUCAGGCAGCCAAGCAGCCUAAGAAAGAGUCACAGAAGGACAGGAAGAACCCGCUUCUGGACAAGAAGGAAGAAUCUCAGGCUCCAGUACCUUUGAAGAAAGAAGGAAUCAGGCGAGUGGGUCGGAGGCCGGACCAGCAGGGUCAGCCAGGCUCCCAGCAGCACCAGGGGGGGCCGGGUGAGGGGAGGCCUGGGGACCGGAGGCCAGACAGGAGACCACCGAGGGAACGACGCUUUGACAAACCCAUGGAGGAGAAGCCUGAAGGAGGCGGAGGAGAGUUCUCUGCAGACAAACCCUCUGGAGACAGGCCCCCUAGAGGGCGUGGUGGUGGCCGUGGUGGGCGUGGCGGCCGGGGGCGGGGCAUGGGGCGGGGUGACGGCUUCGAUUCCCGCGGGAAACGAGACUUCGAUAGACACAGUGGCAGUGACAAACCCAGUCAGAAAAGCGAGGAGAAGCGUGGAGGGAGUGGGCCUCACAACUGGGGUAACGCCAAGGAGGAAAUUAGCGAGGCUGAACAGACUGCUGCCCCUGAAGCCACCCCGGAGGGAGAAGAGAACCCACCUGCUGAUUCUGAGAACAAGGAGAACGAGGCGGAGGAAGUCAAGGAGGAGGGCCCUAAGGAGAUGACCCUGGAUGAAUGGAAGGCCAUGCAGGACAAGGAGCGCGCCAAGGUAGAGUUCAACAUCCGCAAGCCCAACGAGGGGGCGGACAGCCAGUGGAAGAAGGGCUACGUGCUGCACAAGUCCAAGAGUGAAGACAAGCCGGUCGGCGCUGUGAUUGAUGCUGCAGAGAUCGAGGCAGAGGUGAUCCCCGUGUUUACCAAGCCACCUAACCCUGAGGACGCCGGCGCAGACCACCACUUCCGCAAGCCCGCCAACGACAUCACAUCACAACUGGAGAUCAACUUCGGAGACCUGGGGCGCCCUGGGCGCGGGCGCGGGGGAGCCCGAGGGGGGAGGGGAGGACGCGGAGCGGGAGGGGGAGGCACCCGGCCGGCGCGAGGCGGAGGACGAUCCGAAAAGCCGAGUGGAGUGUCUGUUCCCAAUGUGGACGACCCUGAGGCGUUCCCUGCCCUGGCCUAGGAAGACCCCGCCGCCAGCACUCCAUCAUCGCCCCCCUCCGGGCCCCUCCUCUACGAGGCUUGCAUGCUUACAACUUCUUCAACUAUAUGAGAAAAACCAAGAAAAAAAUAUUUUAAACUCUGAAAAAAGACUGUCAUCCCUUCACCUCCGUGGACUGAAAUUUUAACCCGUUUUGAAAGGAGAGGGAGAAGAAAAAAAGACAAGGAAAAAGGACUUCUCUUGUUACACUGAAGCAAAUUAUUGGUAGAAGUUUUGUAUUUAGAGACAUGAUAGCAGGGAUGUUUUCAUACAGUAUUGUUUUUUUCAGAGAUUAUGCAUACUUCAUGGAUAUUCUUUUGUAUUGCUGCUUGAUAAUAUGCAUUUCCAGGAUUGGUUUAAGUAUUGGUCUCACCCCUGAGGCUUUUAUCUCGCGCUUUCCUCAUGACUUAAACGUAAAUGUUAUGGAGUCAUCUUAGACCAGUUUCAGGGGGUUUGUUUAUGAGUCGUGCAUUUAAUGAUAUGCUAGACUUUAAGUACAGUUUUAGUACAUUUGUACUAACUAUUUGACAUGUGUUUGUAAAUGUACCUUGGGUCUAGGGACUCCUCAUUAAGCUUGAUAUUUUUCUGCUUUGUCGUGCAGUGAAAGUAAUCGCCUAUGGUUUUCCUUUUGACUCCUUCCCUCCCCCCUUUUGAUGGCUCAACUCUUUUUCUGAUGGAUCAGAGGUUAGUGAGCUUUGUCCCUGGUCCAGAUAUGCUACCUGUGUACAGGGACAGCAGGGCCCAAUAUGUCUAAGCUGGUUCCGUUUAGUUCAUACAAGCUACAUUCUACAAGGAACUUUAGGACCAUGAAGAAAAUAUAUUUUUGUGCGUGACCAUUUAUGUGUUGGGAGUGUUUGUGCACUGUGUGAAUGUGUAUGUAUGUGUGUGUGUAAGAAUGUAAGGGUAAUGCUAGAACAAUAGUUACUUAGACUUAGAGUACUCCUCUGCUAUGAGCUUGCCAUGCUUCUCAACGCAGACUGCAGGUUCUUAGCUAUAUGGUUUUACCUGAAGUAGUUUUUAUUUUUAGAACAUAGUAAUUCUAUCUAGGUAUGAUAGACUGUGGACAUAUCUUGCACUUAGGGUAUUGAUAGAUCUUUAAAAUGUCUUUUAGAGCUCGGAAGCACAUGAUUUAUCACCACCUGUACUCUGAAGGUUUUGUUUGUUUGUUCCUCUUGUGAUCUUUGCUGUUAUUUUUUUUAUUGUUGUUAUUUGUAUCGAUCCAGCAGCACUACUGCAUAAUUUGUCUGAAAGAAAUGUGCCGUUCAACGCGGAGCAUUCAAGUGCAACAGAAUGUAUGAAUGCUUACCCUGCUUGCAGCCAUCUGUGUUUACAUCUCCAGCCUGGUUUUGAUUUUACUUACGUGGGUAUACUUCAAGCUCAUCGGGUUGGGGAAAAGGGAUGGGGUGGGAGGGGAGUUUAGACCAGUGAAACUUAGUCAAGCUUUAUAUUCCGUGCUCUUAAGACUCGCUGGUCAUGUACAGACAGACGACUGGAGCAAAUCUUUUGUGUCACUGUUUGAGCCACUUGACGACAGACUUUGCAAACAUCCCUGUUCUAAUAAAUUGCUUUAGAGGUGUUACAUGUA